AUGGCGGCGGCAACAGCACACACCUCUGCGGGCAUCGCAUCCAGCUCCGGGUUCGACUUCUCCAACUACUCGCGCAACACCUUCCUCUCCGCACAGGGGCUCGGAGGAUUCACCGCCACGUCGACGGGCACGACAAUCGUCGGAUGCAUCUUCAAGGACGGCGUCGUCCUCGGCGCCGAUACACGUGCUACGGAAGGCCCCAUCGUGGCGGAUAAGAACUGCGAAAAGAUCCACUACAUCUCGGACAACAUCCGCUGCUGCGGUGCGGGUACCGCGGCGGAUACCGAGUUUGUCACGCAGCUGAUCUCGAGCAACAUGCAGCUGCACGAGCUCAACACGGGACGCCAGCCGCGUGUGGUGACAGCAAUGACCAUGCUCAAGCAGCGUCUCUUCCAGUACCAAGGCCACAUUGGUGCCGCGCUCGUGCUGGGCGGAUACGAUGCCACCGGCCCCCACCUCUUCACCGUCGCCCCACACGGAUCGACGGACAAGCUGCCCUACGUCACCAUGGGGUCGGGAAGUCUCGCAGCAAUGGCCGUGUUCGAGUCGGGAUGGACGAAGGAUAUGGAGCGCGCGGAUGCGAUUCAGCUUGUGGCAGCUGCGAUCAGCUCCGGCAUCUUUAACGAUCUCGGCUCGGGCAGCAAUGUGGAUGUGUGCAUCAUCGAGAAGAACAAGACGGAGUACCUGCGCAACUACGAGACGCCCAACGAGCGCGUGCAGAAGGAACAGAAGUACAAGUUCCCCAAGGGCACCUCGGCCUGGACCAAAGAACAGAUCUACGAUAUGAUCCGAAAACAAGAUGUGCUCGAGAUCGGAAACACCGCACCCGUACCAGAGGUCGCUCCACCAGCAGGCGCCGCCGAGGAGACAAUGGACACCUCGUAG